CUUAGGCUUGAAAAGUUGACAAACCUUGAAUCCAGGCUUCUUCAUUCAAUUUGGGAGGUCCCGCCGGCUUUCCUCCUCCCCUUCUGUCAGGCCGCCGCCCUCCCUGCUCACAGAGAUAAAACAACCCCAGCCUGGAUGUGGACCACCACUCAUGAGCGCACCCACGCCACCCCCGUUCUGAAGCCGGCCUCCUUACCCGCCUCGCCCCGAUCAUGUCCACGGGCUCCCUGAGCGACGUGGACGACGAGCUGCUGGACGGCAUCCUCAAGUUGACCUCCAGCGCCGAGGAGAGCUCCAACGGCGAGGGCCGAGUGCCGCCCGCUAAGCGGCGCAGGACGGCGGCGCGCAAGGCCGCGUCGCGCCGCGCCUCCGCGGCGGAGGACGAAGACGGCAGCGGGACCUUGCGGGAGGGCAAGCAGGUGCAACGCAAUGCGGCCAACGCGAGGGAGAGGGCCCGCAUGCGGGUCCUGUCCAAAGCCUUUUCGCGGCUCAAGACGUCCCUGCCGUGGGUGCCGGCCGAUACCAAGCUAUCCAAGUUGGACACCUUGCGGCUGGCGUCGAGUUACAUCGCCCACCUCAGGCAAGUUCUGGCCAACGACAAGUACGAGAGCGGAUACGUCCAUCCUGUCAACCUGACGUGGCCCUUCAUGGUGGCGGGCAAGCCGGAAAGCGAUCUGAAGGAGAUGCUGAGCUCCACGCGUUUAUGCGGGACCACCGCGUCGUGACCCCCCUCUUCACGAGAACUCAAAGUCAGCCUCUCAUCUCCUCAAACUCUCGAGUGGGAAUAACUUUUUCAUUCCCGUAAAAAACCCCACAACUAUUUAAAUGCAUCGUCUUCUUUUUUUGAAGUCACUCUUCUUUUUUUAAUUGUCUUUGCUGGUCCAAAGACAAACUGUCUGUAUUCGUACUCAUGCAUAAGUGUUUUUAAAUGUCUAGUGAAGUUGUACAGAUGUUAUAAAUAUAUAUUUGUAUCACUUUUGACAUUUUGCUAUCCUUUGGUGUGUUUGUGUUCCCCCCUCGGAAUAAUAGUCCGACCCGAGUAGAUAAGCCGUGUUGUUGCUAAAAGAUAACGCUGGACGCGGUCGCCUUUGUGUAAACAAACGCAACGAAAGACGGCUUUAAAAAGCUCCCAUUUGUGUGAUUUCAGGCAAAAAAAAAAAAAAAACUGUAAACGUGAAGUUGUUUUUGUGCUUUGUGAGUGGAAUUAAGAGAAAAAGGGAAAAAAAAUUCAGUUCAUCUUGCCCAGAGCGCUUGUUUUAAUUCUACUGGGUUAUGACCGGUGAUGUUUACAUCCCGCGGACAGUUAUUUAUGCAUUCUGACAAAAGGCCUCUCUGGCGCACUCUCCUCCUCUGAUAGCACCCCUCCACCCCCACCCUCUUGGUCGCCAUUUUGUUGGCAAAUACUUUCAUUGGGAGAGAAAAAACAAGAGAGUUGCUAAAACUGAGAGAAGACGUUUUCUAGUCGGUUAAAAACAGCUAAGAAUGUUGUCGGAUGAACUAGCGUUUGGGUUCAUACAGUGCUGGCCAAAAGUAUUGGCACCCCUGCAAUUCUGUCAGAAAAUGCUCUAUUUCUCCAAGAAAAUGAUUGCAGUUACAAAUGUUUUGGUAGUAAUAUCUUCAUUUAUUUUGCUUGCAAUGAAAAAACACAUGAGAAUGGGGGAAAAAAUCAUUAUCAUUUUACACAAAACUCCAAAAAUGGGCCGGACAAAAGUAUUGGCACCAGUGUUGUUAAUCUUACUUUAAAAAAGUAAUUAAUUACAGUUACAAAUGACUUCUUCCAAAAAGUAAUUGCGUUAGUAACUAAAGAUGUCCCGAUCGAUCGGCAUCAUUUUCAAAGUAUCGGAAUUGGCAAAAAAAUAUCGUGCCAACAUGCCUUUUUUAAAAUAUAUAUAUAUAUUUUAAAUAAAUCGUUUUCUAAUUGUAUUUAAUGUUACAGACCAAAUGUCUUACAUUCAUCAAGAGUCUUUAGUUUUGGCUUAAAGUAGGGCUAUCAAAUUUAUCUCGUAAACGGCGGUAAUUAAUUUUUUAAAGAUUAAUCACGUUAGAAUAUUUAAUGCAAUCAACGCAAGCGCUGCACGACCCACUCACGCAUUGUCGCGUUCAACCUAUAAUGGCACCGUUUUACGUAUAUAUAGAGCUAACAGGCAGCGUAAAAUGAGUAGAGUGAAUUUUGGCAAUCUUUGGAGCCUCUUUUUAAUUGGCUAAAGCCUUAAAAUCCCCCUCUCAACAAUUAGAAAUAUCGUGGGAAGCAAAGUGGGGAAGAACGGUAGUAGUUGAUCUUUUCCUUAACACCCUAUGUUACUUCUUCUUCUUCUUCUUCUUUUUGUUUAUUGGCAGUUUACCCCUCGGUGCCGUGGGGCAUUACCGCCACCUACUCCCCUAUGUUACUUCCCAACACAGAGAAGAUAUAUCAAUUUGUGCCACUACGCACAGUCAUGGUUGCACAGAACAGUUAAAUGGCUACAGUAUCAUUUACUGAAAGCUCAACAAAUAUACUAGAUGGCAAUAUUUAGUCACAAUAUACAAAGUCACAUUUAUCCUUUAUGAAUUACAAGUCUUUCUAUCCGUGGAUCCCUCUCACAGAAAGAAUGUUAAUAAUGUAAAUGCCAUCUUGAGGAUUUAUUGUCAUAAUAAACAAAUACAGUACUUAUGUACUGUAUAUUGAACGUAUAUAUUCACUUGAGUUUUUUUCAUUUUUUUUCUUAACGCAUUGUCAAAAUGUAUAUGAUUGGGAAAAAUUAUCGGGAAUGAUUGGAAUUGAAUAGGGAGCAAAAAAAAAAAAAAAAGCAAUCGGAUCGGGAAAUAUCGGGAUCGGCAGAUACUCAAACUAAAACGAUCGGGAUCGGAUCGGGAGCAAAAAAACAUGAUCGGAACAACCCUAUUAGUAACUCAGUUACCUGAAUGUAAGAGUAAUCAGUUACUUGGCAAAGUAACUGGUGAUAAUUUUCAUGUUUUUUUUUCUCAAAAAAAACCAAAACAAACAACAACAAAAAAACGGUCACAUAAUGUGAAGUUUAAAGGGUUUUUGGGACAAUUGGCCCGAGCCCAAUUCUUUACCCUCCACUUAACUAGACACAGAGGUAUUGCGAUAACUAGUAGCCUUUGCUAUGUGUGGAAGUCAUUUAAUGUUGUGAAUCAACCAUUAAAGUUGUUAAAAUUGCUCCCGUUAUUGCAUUAGUUCCCUUCUGUCUACUUUCAACAUGUGUAAGUUUUAAAACUGUUUCAUCAUUUAAAGAUAGAUUUAAGUCAAGAUUUUGCCGAUUUAGGAGCAUUUUAGGUAAAAAAAAAAAAAAAAGUUACUUAGGUUCGCUAGGAAGGACAAGAGAGCCUUCCUGAGAGGUCCACUGCUUUAAGAUGGCGGCUAUUUACUAACGCAUGUAGUCCUUAAAACAUGUUGCCAGUGCAGCCGUGUCUGUCAUUUGCAUCUACUUCUAUAAUAUGUGACAUCUACCGUAUCAUGUGGGCGUAGUUUGUAGGCUAUCGGCUACAGUCAGGUAUUAUUGGAGCCACCUAGCAAUAGCAUUGCGUUUGCAACGGCGUCUUCCCCACUCCUGCUCUGCUCUCUCGUCUCCGUGAGUCCGUCUCGCUCAGACUUUUUCUAUCCAACCAACUUAGUAACACAUAGUAACAGGCGCCUUUCCGGCCUCAGUAAUGGUAACGGCGUUGCCAAGAUGAGAAAAGUAAUUAAUUAGAUUACUCAUUACUGAAAAAAAUAACGCCAUUAGUAACGCCGUUAUAUUCUAACGCCGUUAUUAAAAACACUGAUUGGCACCCUUUGAAAAAUCAUGUGAUGCUUCUCUAAUUUGUGUCAUUAACAGCACCUGUUACUUACCUGUGGCACAUAACCGGUGGUGGCAUUAACUAAAUCACACUUGCAGCCAGUUAAAAUGGAUUAAAGGUGACUCAACCUGUGUCCUUGUGUGUACCACAUUGAGCAUGGAGAAAAGAAAGAAGACCAAAGAACUGUCUGAGGACUUGAGAAGUAAAAUUGUGAGGAAGCAUGGGCAAACGUAAGGCUACAAGUCCAUCUCCAAAGACCUUAAUCUUCCUGUGUCUACCGUGCGCAAUGUCAUCAAUAAGUGUAAAGCCCAUGGCACUGUAGCUAACCUCCCUAGAUGUGGACGGGAAAGAAAAAUUGAGAGAUUUGGACGAAAGAUUGCGCUGAUGGUGGAUAAAGAACCUCGACUAACAUCCAAAAAAGUUCGAGCUCUCCUGCAGUCCGAGUGUACAACAGUGUCAACCCAUACUAUCCGUCGGCGUCUGAAUAAAAAGGGACUCUACCCAGGAAGACCUCACUUCUGAACCAGAGACAUAAAAAAGUGAGGCUGAGUUUGCCAAAACUUACCUGAGAAAGCCAAAAACCUUUUGGAAGAAUGUUCUCUGAUCAGAUGAGACAAAAGUAGAGCUUUUUGGGAAAAUGCAUCAACAUAGAGUUUAUAGGGCAAAAAAAAACGAGGCCUUCAAAAACAAGAACACGGUCCCCACUGUCAAACAUGGCGGCGGUUCCUUAAUGUUUUGGGGUUGCUUUGCUGCCUAUGGCACUGGACUGCUUGACCGUGUGCAUGGCAUUAUGAAGUCUGAAGACUACCAACAAAUUUUGCAGCAUAAUGUAGGGCCCAGUGUGAGAAAGCUGGGUCUCCCUCAGAGGUCAUGGGUCUUCCAGCAGGAAAAUGACCCAAGACACACUUUAAAACGCACUAGAAAAUGGUUUGAGAGAAAGCACUGGAGACUUCUAAAGUAGCCAGCAAUGAGUCCAGAGCUAAUUCCGAAAAUGGCAGUUUGGAGAAGGCACCCUUUAAAUCUCAGGGACCUGGACCAGUUGGGCAAAGAAAAAUUCCAGCAGAGCAUUGUAAGAAAUUCAUUGAUGGAUACCGGAAGCGGUUGUUCGCAGGUAUUUUGUCUAAAGGUUGUGCUACCAAGUGCUAAUACUUUUGUUUCCCACCCACCCAAUAUUGGAGUUUGGUGUAAAAUGAUAAUGAUGUAAUUAUUUUUUUCAUUUUGGUGUAAAAUGAUAAUGAUGUAAUUAUUUUUUUCAUUCUUUUUUGUGGUUUUUCAUUGCAAGCAAAAAAAAUGAAGAUAUUACUACCAAAACAUUUGUAAUUGCGAUCAUUUUCUGGGAGAAAUUGAGCAUUACCUGACAGAAUUGCAAGGGGGCCAAUACUUUUGGCCAGCGCUGUACUUUAUGUUUUUUAGUUUUGUUAUAGUUUUUUUUCCAACUCAUUCAUACAUCUACUGAACCGCUUAUUCUCACAAGGGUCAAGGGGGUGCUGGAGUCAAUGUGGCAGGAGGCAGGGAAAGCCCCAAACUGGUUGCCAGGUAGUCACAGAAUUUUUCAAUUCAUUAAUGAGCUUCUAUUAUUUUUAAAAUUUGUAUUCAUUCAUUUUAUUUCUGUCAUUGAGUUUUUAAUUCAAUAUGAAUUUAUCUUUUUUUUUUUAACUUUUAACAAAAAUAAUUACAUCUCCACCAAUGGCUGUUUUUUUCCCCCAUUUCCUUAUAAAUCUGGAAAAGUGACAACAGUGAGCCCUCGCUACUUCGCGCUUCAAACUUUGAGCCCUCAGUCCGUCUUAAAAUGUUUUUUUCAUAUUAAAAAUGAAAUACAGAUGAGCUGUUCCGAGCCGAUCGCGUAGUCUCACUCUUCCUCCCUCUCACUGCUCUUUGUUGGUCAGGCUUAAUGAUGAUUGACAGACGUUUGGGUUUGAUCUUGCCAGAGACUCGAACUUCAAAGCGCCGCAUGCGUCAAUCAUCAUUUAACUUGUUGCUGUGGCAACUCAUUCUAAGUGAGCAGCUUGAGCAAAUUUGACUGGACUCACUCAAUGAAGCAUUUGAUAAAGACAAGCAUUUUUCUACUUUAUUCUUGUCUAAAAAGAAUUCGGUGGGACAGUAAAAUGUUUAAAACUUGAAGUGCUUAGAAUUAAAAUAUAUUUAUACACAUGUUUUUUUUUAAUUAUACUCUCAGAAAAAAAAGUGAAAAAACAAGUCUUAUAUUUAUAUCUUUCCAAUGCUAAAUCUGAAUAAAUACGUUGAACACACACACACACGUUGUGACACUACUUCACCUAUUGUGGCGGGUUCUGGUCCCCAUUAUCUGCGAAAAACAAAGGAUCACUGUAUUUUAGGACGGCGUCAAUAAUUUUGUUUGUGUUCAUUUUUAAAAAAAAAUUUUCCAUUUCUAUUUUUUAAAUUAUUAUUCCUCCACUUAUCCUUUAUUUAUCCUUUUUUUUUUUUUUUUUUUUUUAACAAAACUGAUUAAAAA